AUGAAUAAUAGAGAAAAAAGAGAGUUUGUAUGUGAGUACUGUGGACGCAAUUUCACAAAGUCGUACAAUCUACUGAUACACAUUCGUACCCACACAGAUGAACGUCCCUUUUCAUGUACAGUAUGUAAUAAACGGUUCCGGCGGCAAGAUCAUCUUCGUGAUCAUAGAUACAUUCACGCCAAAGAGAAACCGUUCAAAUGUUUAGUUUGUGGUAAAGGAUUUUGUCAGUCACGGACUCUGAACGUUCACAAGACAGUCCACAUAAAGAAGAAAGAGAAUAAAGAAUAAUGAAUGACAACUGCUGUAUAAUAUGGACAGGGACCAGAUAAUGUAAUAUUUUCAUUCAAUGUGGACCAAAGAGUUAGAGCAGGUCUACAGAAAUUUUAAUUCAGCAACGGGCAGAUGGUAGUAGUGGUCAAAGAAUUUACAACUAGAGACUUAAGACUGAUUAUUAUCAUGAAAACACUCAUGAAUACUUAAACCAUUAACCCAU